AUGUCGAGUCCGCAGUCCCUUGUCAUCCGUGACGGCAUGCAGCAGGUGGUGGACAGCAAGCAGCUGGUGCCCGGGGAUAUCGUCAUCCUCGUCACCGGUGACGUGGUGCCCGCCGACAUCCGGCUGUUCACCAGCGUCGACCUGAAAUGCAACGAGAUGCUGCUUACGGGCGAGUCCGAGGACGUCCCCAAGAAGUACAACGCGCCGAUCCAUGGGGCUGGCGCCGGCAAGCCGGCCAAGCUCACGGCAAGCAACAUGGUCUUCUCCUCCACCACCAUCACGGCGGGCAACGCGCGUGGAAUUGUAGUGGAGACUGGCAUGAACACGCGCGUUGGAUCCAUCGCUGCCCUGCUGAAGGCCAAGAGCGGAGAACCGGACGACGCGGCCGAGAAGAAGUGGAUCCGGAACCCUAUUGGAGACUGCAUCGCCAAACACCGCCCCAAGCCCACGCCCCUGCAACGCAGCCUGCACCACACGGGAUACAUCAUGGGUGUCAUCGCUCUGGGCGUGGCCGUGCUUGUGUUCAUCGUCGGCAUGGUCCGACAAGAGAAGGACCCCAAGCACCCGGACCGACCAGUGUACCUCACGAUGAUCAUGGCCGCUGUGUCGGUGGCUGUCAGUGCCGUACCCGAAGGACUCCCCAUGGUGGUGACGAUUUGUCUGUCCUCGGGCACUGCCGAGAUGAUCAAGAAGAACGUCCUGGUCCGCAAACUCGCUGCUGUCGAGACACUCGGCGCUGCGUCGGUAAUCUGUACCGACAAGACCGGCACACUCACGGAAGGCAAGAUGACGGCGGUGAAACUCUGGGGAGAUUUCAAGGAGUACAGCAUCACUGGCAAGGGCUUUAAUCCGGAAGGAUCCAUCCUAUCUGCUGAUGGAGUCAGCCAGGCGGAGCCUGAAGCUGGGAACGUCCAGGUUCGAGCUACUUUGAUGGCCUCCGUGCUGUGCAGCAACACGCAGCUCAAGCAAGUGGAAGGCGAGGACGGAGAAACCUCUCGUUGGAUGCCAUUCGGCAACUCGUCCGAGGCUCCGCUGGUCGUCGCAGCCGCCAAGGCCGGGAUUUGGGAAGACAACCUGCUUGAAGACUACCCGCGCCUCGUGGAAGUGCCGUUCAGCUCGUCACGCAAGAUGAUGAUCACCGUCAACGCUCUUCCCGUCGUAAACGGCGUCGCAAUGUUUGACGCACUAUCGCUUCCUGGUGACAAGCCGCCCAAACUCGUGGCCAGCGUCAAGGGCGCACCCAACUACAUCCUACGCAACUGCACGCAGUUCUGCCGGCGAGACGGAACGUUCGAGCCCCUCACCAACGCGCAGCGCAACAAAAUCUCUAAUGCGGUGGAUGCGCUGUCGUCCCAGGCGCUGCGUGUGCUCGCGGUGGCCAUCCAACCGCUGUCGGAGUUGCCCUACGCCAAGGACUGUGACGACGCCGACGAGAAGUUCGCGGCGUUGUCCAAGCCGCUGAUCUUCCUCGGGCUUGUGGCCUCGAUCGACCCGGAGCGUGACGGCGUUCGCGAUGCCAUUGCCACUGCGCGCGCUGCCUCCAUCCGCACCGUCAUGAUCACGGGUGACUAUCUCGCCACCGCCGUUGCUAUCGCCAAGAACAUCGAUCUGCUCCAAGUCGGCGCCGACCCGGAAGCUCAAGCAACCGACUGCACUCAACUCCGCCCGAAUGGUGACGUGUACCUCCCGCCGGCCGACAUCGACGAAAUCACCUCUCGUACCCUGGUGUUUGCGCGUGCCAAGCCCGAAGACAAGAUCGAGAUCGUCAAGUCACUACAACGCCAGGGUUUGAUCGCUGCUAUGACUGGUGACGGUGUGAACGAUGCGCCAGCACUGAAGGAGUCGGACAUUGGUGUGGCUAUGGGCAUCUCCGGCACGGAGGUCGCGAAGGGCGCGUCCGACAUGAUCCUGACCGACGAUAACUUCUGCAGCAUCGUGUCAGCAGUGGAGAAGGGCCGAGUCAUCUACGCCAACAUCCAGAAGUUCGUCAUGUUCCUCCUGUCGACGAACAUUGGAGAGAUCGUGCUGAUCUUCUUGUCGGUGGCUGGAGGUUUCCCUCUUCCCCUGGAGGCGCUUCACAUCCUGCUGCUCAACCUGUUCACGGACGGUAUGCCUGCCGUCGCGCUGAGCUUGGAGAAGGGAGAUCCGCAGAUCAUGAAGGAGAAACCGCGACACAAGCACUCGUCCUUGAUCCAAGGUCGACUGUGGCUGCUGGUGCUCUGCAACGCCUUCCUGCUGCUGGCAGGAGCCACGACGACAUUCUUGCUGGGACUGUACUGGAACUUCGGCGAGCUACUGACGAACGAUAUCUACAACGCCGGCGGUGGUGCCGACGGAACGGACUACACGGACGUGACGUGCCAACGCUGGGAAGGCAUGAACGACGGGUGGCGGACGUACGGCAACUGCGCGGCUCAGUAUUCCGACGGCACGUACAUCUUCGGGGACGAGGUGGCCGGCAUGAGCUCGUUUGAGAACUCGACGGCCUACUGCGAAGGAGGCGACUACGACUGCGUACCGGCAGGCUUGGGUCGUGCUCAGACGAUGGUGUUCCUUGGUCUGGCGUUCACCGAGGUGCUGCGAGCUUACACGGUGCGGCACUUCACCGAGAUCGUCUUUGCUCGGAUGCUGUCGAACGGCUACAUGCAAUGGGCGGCAUGCAUGUCGGUGACUCUUACGGUUCUCGUGACCAACGUCCCUGUCAUCAUGGACGACAUUUUCGGCUUCGAGUACAUCACGUGGUUCCAGUGGCUCGUGGUCGGAGCUGUCGCCGUCAACGGCGCGUUCUGGGGCGAGGUGCUCAAGGCUAUCAUUCGACGACACGACCGCGCUCAAGCACGGUGGGAUCACAUGAAGGCUGGUUUUGAGGAGAUUCUGCUCGAAAUCCGCCAUGUGCGCCACCACGUCGAGCGACUUGAAGCCGGUGGCCCCAAGCGUGAGUAA